CUUACCUCUCUCACUUCGCCACACUCUGGUGCCAAACUAGCAGUCGAAACAGCAGCAAAUCAACAUGCCACGCAAAGUUAUGAUUGGGUUUGGUGUCGACGUCGAUGCGGUGGCAGGCUGGCUCGGCUCUUACGGAGGCGAAGACUGUCCUUCGGACAUCUCGCGCGGCAUGUAUGCUGGAGAAGUGGGAACGCUGCGUCUGUUGAAGCUGUUUGACAAGUACAACAUUAAAGCGACGUGGUUUAUCCCUGGCCACAGUCUGGAGACAUUCCCCGAGCAGAUGGCGAAAGUCCGUGACGCGGGUCAUGAACUCGGCCUUCACGGCUACUCUCAUGAGAAUCCGACAUCGCUCACCCCCCAGCAACAGACAGAUGUUCUGAACCAUACUUUCGACCUUCUGACCAAGUUCAACCACGGAAAUCCUCCGAAGGGCAGCGUCGCCCCCUGGUUCGACAUCACUAACGAAGGCGUGACGAUGCUUCUGGAGAAAGGCAUCGAGUAUGAUCACUCAAACAUGGCGCGCGACUCUCAGGCCUAUUACCUUCGCGACGGAGACCUUUGGCAUAAGGUCGACCGAUCGGCUGGUGCUCACACCUGGAUGCAGCCCUUGAAACGUGGUCAAGAGACAGGUCUUGUGGAGGUGCCUGCUAACUGGUAUCUAGACGACAUGCCACCUCUAAUGUUCAUCAAGGCCAGCCCCAACUCCCAGGGAUGGGUAAACACGCGGGAUGUGGAGGAUCUGUGGAAAGACAUGUUCACAUACCUCUAUCGCGAAGAAGAGAACUUCAUAUUCCCACUCACGAUCCAUCCUGACGUUAGCGGGAGACCACACGUCCUGCUCAUGCUUGAACGCUUCAUCGAAUGGGUUAAUACCCACGAGCACGUCCAGUGGGUGCCUCUGAUCGAGAUGUCGAACGAGUUCAGAGCGAGGUGCCCGCCGCCCGCGGGAGCGCGGAUGCCGGCCGGAUUCCAACCCAGCUCUUAGUUCCGGACAAGAAGAGAAGCAAGACCAUGUACAAUAGCUGAAUGAACGUCAUAUUACAGUUUCGACUGAGAUGUAGUGCCGCUCUGUGGACCUUGCAAUUGUC